AUGGGUCUAUUAUCACCAGUUAACAAAAACAAAGGAGACAAAUCCUACUCCAAGAACUACCGUGGUAUAGUUGUUUUACCAAUAUUAUUGAAAAUAAUUGAGUACAUACUACGUGAUGAUCUAAGAAAACAUUCUCUCGACCUACAGUCAAUACUACAGAGAGGCUUCACUGCAAAUGCGUCACCACUGAAUGCAGCAAUCAUAGUAGAGGAAGUAUACAGAGAAUACAUGGACAAGAAAUCGCCAUUUCUUAUAGCUUUACUGGAUGCGAAAUCUGCCUUCGAUGUUGUGGUCCUAAAAAUGCUUCUACGGAAAGUACACUUCACCGAUGUCAAUCCAGCGACUUGGAUAUUAAUUGAUGAAAUACAUAAAAACACAGAAGCAUGCGUCAAAUGGGCAAAUGAUUAUUCAGAAAAGUUUCCAGUCCAACAGGGAGUUAAACAGGGAGGUCUUCUCAGUGCAGAUCUGUAUAAAAUAUAUAUUGAAGAUUUACUUCACAAUUUUGAAAAUGUUGCACAAUGA